AUGGGUAGUAAGGUAUCGGAAAUGAUUUCAGAUGCGAUUAUCAGGGACACAAGAAAGCCACAAUCCACAUUCAUUGCAUCUACAGAUACACCCACCUUUGGUACUCCGCCAUUACUGAACACCGCCACCAAGCACCAGGAAGUUAAAGAUGGAAGAGAUAGCAUUUACUACUCGCAAUCCGGCAAGUGUGCACGUGUCUUUAGGAAACCUAAAGUUGGAGAAACGGCCAAUACCAUGAUCUCUGAUCGAUUAGCUGACUCAGCGGUUUCCAAUAUGUGCCGAUCUGCUCCCAUCAAGGUUAUGCACGUGGAUGUCGAGGCAGCGCCUGGAUGUUACUUAAGAAAUAACAAAAGUGUGCCAUAUUUCACCCAAAGUGUGCCAAAUGUAAACACAACUGAUAUGAGGAGUGCAUUUGUUGAGAAUCCGAAUAAUUCCGCUUGUCCUAACCAGUUAUUAACUACGGGCUCGCCAUCAGCUAAUGCCCCCUGCACGUUAUCAAACACAACCACACUAUACCCCAGUAACACUGUCAAUUUUCAACACAGCAACGCAACGCAGACGGCACAACGUACCAGAGAUGGCAACUUUGGACGGUUCAAAAAUGUACAAUUUGACCUGUGCUCAGGAAACAUCACAGCUCCGGGAUCAACUCAUUGUGAGAUGGACAUUUGCCAACACUCGACUGAAUUGUAUUCGUUGUUGAGACGAAAAGAGCAGGAGCUUCAUGAACGCGAUGAGUGUAUUCGACGGUUAAAAAAGGUAAUCAGGGAUAAAACGCAAAUGCUUAACGAUCUAAUGGCAAAACAUUCCGAAAUGGAGAACAAAUUCGAGACGCAUAUCGAUCACAAUGUCCUAAUGAAACGAACCCAUGAUCGCGCGAUCCGUGAGCAGCGCACAAUAAUGUCAGACAUUGUUUCCUCAGAUAGCGGAGUAGCUCACAGCACACCAAGUAGCGGAGCAAAAAGCUGCCCCUAUUCUGAUGUGAACUUUGAUCCCUCGGAGACACUGAUCAGGCUAAAUCGUGACUUACCCUCUGAUCGCCAAGGCAUCGAGGGCCAACAUUCGGAUGUGGACAAGGAUGGACGGUACAGGAGCGGAAAUAAGUUCAGUCAACAGAGAAGGGCCAAACGGUAUGCUAUUUCCGGCGAAUCCACUAAAGAUCUACUUACCCCAUCCAGUCCAUCUGCAAAUCUGCCAAAAUUUGCAAAACCCGAGCGGUAA